AGCAUUUGACUGUGGCUUGGGACGCGGAGAGAGGCACGCAGCGACUGACCGACGGCCGGCGAUGGUUUAAGCGCCCCUCGGCCACCCCCUCCCUCAGACGCGACUGCGUCCUGUCCUCGCCCUCUGGACACACACCCCACCUGGGCUCCUCCGCCCGUUCGGCGCUCCUCGGAGGAGGCCCGGGGUGUUGCGGCGCUCGCCAGCAUGAGCGGCUCCUUCGAUCGCAAGCUCAGCAGCAUCCUCACCGACAUCUCCAGCUCACUUAGCUGCCAUGCGGGCUCCAAGGACUCGCCCACCCUGCCCGAGUCUUCGGUCACUGACCUGGGCUAUUACAGCGCUCCCCAACAUGACUACUACUCGGGCCAGCCCUACGGCCAGACGGUGAACCCCUACACCUACCACCACCAGUUCAAUCUUAAUGGGCUCGCAGGCACCGGCGCUUACUCACCCAAGUCGGAAUAUACCUACGGGGGAUCCUACAGGCAGUAUGGAGCAUACCGGGAGCAGCCUUUGCCUGCACAGGACCCAGUGUCGGUGAAAGAGGAGCCGGAAGCCGAGGUACGCAUGGUGAACGGCAAGCCCAAGAAGGUCCGAAAGCCGCGAACGAUCUACUCCAGCUAUCAGCUGGCUGCCCUGCAGCGCCGUUUCCAGAAAGCCCAGUAUCUGGCCUUGCCCGAGCGCGCCGAGCUAGCUGCACAGCUGGGCCUCACUCAAACACAGGUGAAAAUCUGGUUCCAGAACCGCCGCUCCAAGUUCAAGAAGCUCUAUAAGAACGGGGAGGUGCCGCUGGAACACAGUCCCAACAACAGUGACUCCAUGGCCUGCAAUUCACCACCGUCGCCGGCACUCUGGGACACGUCUUCCCACUCCACUCCAGCCCCUACCCGCAAUCAGCUGCCCCCACCGCUCCCAUACAGUGCCUCCCCCAACUACCUGGACGACCCCACCAACUCCUGGUACCACACACAAAACCUCAGUGGACCCCACUUACAGCAGCAGCCACCUCAGCCGGCUACCCUGCACCAUGCCUCCCCUGGGCCCCCGCCUAACCCUGGGGCUGUGUACUGA